AUGGUUAUUCUAUUCAACCCUGUGACUGAACGUCUAGCAAGAUAUAUAUUGCCUUUACCAUGCAGAAACAGCAUGCUAAGUGGCCGUGCGUAUGUGCAAGAAUUGAUUGAUGGCCAUCCUGCAAGAGUACUUGAGAACUGUAGAAUAACGGUGGAUUCUUUCAUGCGCUUAUGUGACAUUCUUGUGAGUGGGGGAUAUGUACCACAAAAUCCCCAGAAAAGAGUGCUCAUAGAGGAAGCAGUGUGCAUGACAUUAGUUAUGUUAAGUCACAAUCAUCGAAUGCGAAGCCUCGCUGAACAAUUCCAACAUUCCCCGGAGACCAUCUACAGGAACAUUCAUGAGGUGUUACGGGGGCUUUGUGAGUUGGGAAAAAUUCUCAUAAAACCGAGAGGACAGAACGAGGUUCAUCCAAAGAUUUAUAUCGAUAGGAGAUUUGUCCAGUGGUUUACGAAUGUUGUAGGUGCAUUAGAUGGUACACAUAUUCCAGCACAUCCACCACCUGGGCAGCAAGCGGCGUAUACGCAUAGGCAUGGGCAAGCAACUCAAAAUGUACUAGCCAUUUGCGAUUUUGAUAUGCGCUUUUCAUAUAUUUAUGCUGGUUGGGAAGGAAGCGCCCAUGAUGCACGCGUCUUGGACGGAACACUAACAGGACCUACACAUUUUCCGAUGCCCCCUCCAAGAAAAUACUACCUUGUGGACUCGGCAUAUAGAAAUAUUCCUGGAUUUCUUGCACCUUAUCGUGGAACACCUCGACAACCUGCUCAGGGCGGAUGUGAUGAUAACAUAUUCAAUGAUCAUGAUCAGGAGAUGGAUAUCGAAGGAGAAGGUGGGGUCCCACCAAUGCCAGAAAUUCAACCCUUAAGUGCCUCACAACAAGAGGUCAACGAAUGGCAUGAAAUGAGAGAUGAAAUGGCAAAUGGAAUGUGGAAUGCGUAUCGGAGUGCAAGAUGA